AUGGGUGAACAAGUCUACCACGGAGCCCAGCCAUGCUCUGGCACCAAUCUCAGGAGAUGCCAGGAUUUAGGAGAUUCAAUUCUGCUGAUUCUGGGCAGCUUCAUCUUGCUCAACGUGGGAAUCAAUGUGGUGACUCUGCUCUGGAAGCAUCUGAAGAACUCACUGCGGAUUCUUUUCCAUCACUUUUUCCCCAAAGGUGAGUGGAACCUGUGCUCAAAGAUGUCUUCCCGAUUUCAUCGCCCCAAUUUCCUCCUGGGGCAUCUCAGUCACUUUGACUCUUGGAUACCAGACACAAAUGACGAGAACGUUUCUAGGUGCUGCUGGAUGCCACCCCAGUGUGGACAUGGCAGAGCUCCUACAGAAGAUCCGUGGGAACUGUGGAAAGAGGAACUGAUGGGCGCUGGGGAAGCCCCUCAGGCCACAGUCAUGAAGACUCAGGCGUCUUUGUUUUUCAGGUCAGAGGUUUCUCCCCAGAUUCCAAAGAUAUGCCAGCUGAACACGAACAUACUUCCACCUUCCUCACCCCAGGAGAACAAGACUAAGUCAGAUGACAGCCCACCCCACACUCUGGCCCAGGCUCUAACCUCUUCCUCAACCAACUCUCAACAGCUCCCCUCCACUCAGUCCCAGACUCAGCCUUCAGAACGCACUCAGUCAAGGGCACAGGGCCUUGAGUAUACCUCAGCCCAAACCCCACCAGCCCACGUGCCAGAUUUUACCUCAGCUCCUAUCCCAACCCUCAGUGAAGGCCCAAUGCCAGCCAAGGCUUUACCCCCAGCCCCCACCCUGUCCUAUCCCCAAGUCCAGGCCCCAACCCAUAGUCAAACCCAUACCUUCGAUCAGGCCCAGUCCCAGAGCCUGCCCCCUAUCACACUCCAGGGGCCAGCCCACAACCCUGAGCAAACCUCAGCCCACACAUCACCUCAACUCCCAAUCCAGGCUCCUGCUGAUGCUUCCUUCCAAUCCCAAGGCCAUGACCCAGUCCAAAUUCUAGUACACACCUUGACCCACCCCCACACUGAAGGACCUGAGCAAACAUCUUCAGCCUCAGCGCAUGGGCCAUCCCAUUCCCUACUUCCCUCAUGUGCCCAUGCCCCAGUGCCUAGCCCAACCUCUGCCCCACCCCCUUGUGGUCUGGCCCCUGUCCCAGCCUGUGCCCCAGAUCCUGCUCUAGCGCUGUCCAUGACCAUGACGACUUCCCAAGCCUCUGCUCAAGUCCCUGUCACCACCUCUACCCCUACCCUACCUCCCGUUCCUUCUAUGCUGACUUCCUUUUACCCCCACCUCUCCACUGGCCAUACGGUUUAUGAUGCUCGCCGAGUAAAGCAGAACGUCUCCUGUAAGUACAGCUCCCAAAGCUCGAGGUGUUUCAGGAAGGACUUGAACAUCUCCAGGCCCCACGAAGUGAAGGGUCUGGUAAAUUCUGGCACUGCUGAACAAGCACAAAAGCAACAUGGGGAAGACAGUGCUGAGCCUCCCACCGGCUCUAUACUUGGUUACAUGGAGUUGGGGAACAUGGAAUGGAAGAUCUCAGAUAAUGCCAAAGAUAAGUUCUCCCAGCCCAAGACCUUCCCUUUCUGCAGCUUUCAUCCUUGCUGUUCUGAGAGCCAAGACAGAGACUCCCAGGCGCCAGUCCACCCCAAGUUCCUGGUCUGCACACAGGACAUCACUCCUGCUAAGCCUUGUUUUCAUUCUCCAAGCACUGCUCAGUACAAACUGCCCCCCGCGCCCCCACCGUGCACUCUUGCUCUGCCCCUUGUUUCUCCCAGAACGUUUGUGCUUCCUCAAUCUACCCUUCAGAAGCCCCCCAACCUAGCCCAAACCCCUGCCUUUCUCUCAAACUCCAAGUCUCCUCAGGCUGCUCACUUCUCUAUCCCUCCUCAGUUCUCCACUAUUUCUCAAACUUUAGUCCAACCCCUAAACCCUGAGAAUCAGAACUUUAACCAAGACUUUGGCCUUCAAACAACCCCAACCCUUGUCAACGAUUCUGGAGUUCCCAGGAACUCAAGUCUUACCCAAGAUCCAGGACUCCAGAAGAACCCAAGCCUUAACAAAGAUCCAGGACUCCAGAAGAAUCCAAGCCUUAACAAAGAUCCAGGACUCCAGAAGAACCCAAGCCUUUUCCCAAAUCCAGGAAUCCAGAAGAACCCAGCCUUUGCCCAAAAUCCAGAACACCAGAAGAACCCAGGCCUUGCCCCAAAUCCAUGCCUCCACAAGAACUCAGGUUACUAUAAGCUUCCAGGCUGUGUUCAAGAGUCUUACCUCUGCAUGAAUCCAAGCAAUUCCCAAGAUGCUUGCCUUCAAAAGAAUCUAGCUAUCACUCAAGAUUUCGGCCUAAGGAGUUCAGAUGCUGGUAUUCUUAGGAACUUAGCUUUCCUGCAGCCUUCCAGCCUCCACAGGAAUAUAAUAUUCAAUCAAACAUCUGGUCCGAGGACUUUGAGUUUUAUGCAAGACUCUGUCAUCUACAGAAAUGUUGCAUUAAACCAAGACACUGUAAUCAACAAAAAUAAAGAUGUCUCCCUAGUAACUGACCAAAAGAGGCCAGACCCCCUUCAAGAUUCUGGAGGUAACAAUGGUUUAGGAAAUGUACAAUAUCCAGGAGUCUGCAGGAGUGUAAACCUGACUCAAGACACUAGACCACAGAAGAUCCCGAGCCAUACCCAAGAUCCUGAAAUUAAUAAAAACUCUGGACUUACCCAAGAAUCUAGUUCCCCCAAGAGCCCAGGUCUUGUCCAAACCUCUUGCCUCCAUAAGAGCUCGGGUCUCACACAAGACUCAGGAGACAACAAGAAUUUAAGCCUUACCCAGGCUCCUGGAAUCUACAGAGUCCCAGCUCUAAACCAAGACACUGGCUCCCACAACAGUCUUGGCCUAAUCAAUGUCACCACAGCAGAAAAACGAUCAGACCUUAACCAAGAUGUUGGCGUUUACAGUUCAGAAUACGGCCAAGAUCCUAACCUUCAGGAGUACCCAGCAAUUGAUCAAGAUUCUGGCUGUCAGCAGGACCCAGCACUUGGUCAAGGCUCUGGCUUCAAGACUCCAGGCCUUACCCAGAGAGCUGGCCUCUGUAAGGACUCAGGCCUUAUUCCAGACUCUGGCCUCAACAAAAAAACAAGCUUUGCUCCAGGUACUGAUUCUGCCCAAGUCUUGGGCCCAUUUCAAACACUAAAACUGACAUCUUCCCCAGUGGAAUCCCUUGAAGGUAAGGUGACUUCUCAGAAGGACAACACAGAGCAGCAUGUGUCCUGCACUUCUGUCCCAGUCAACCAAAGCUCCUGCCCUUCCAAGGACCAAGUGCUCUCCCCUGACCUGAAAACUUUUUCAGAGGUCCCUGUCCUGAUUGAGCUACAGCCUCCCUCCCGACAGCUAGACAGCCAAGACUGGGUAUACCACACAGUAGACACAGCUGUUUCGACCUGCCAGAAGUAUCGCCAGAUGUCUGUACCUCCCCAACUAGGCCGGAAGUCCCAUUGCCCUGGACCAGGCACCCGGACAGGUCACGUGGUCUUUGAUGCCCGCCAGAAACAAUUAGUAACUAGCAGGGAAAAGUGCGAAGCUCUGUCUCCCAGGCGCCCUCGUCCAGAAGCACCCCAAAACUCAGAGGCGACCCAGAAGGAAUGGGGAUAUCAAAAUGUGAUGAGGACCUUGGACAAUGAGGGGGCAAAUACACAUCAGAAAUAA